AUGUUAUCGAGGGCUACAAUGCAGGAGAUGCUGAGGUUGGAAGAGCACGAGCUGAGGUCCGAGCGGAGAGCUGGAGAGGGGAAGGAAGAGAUGAGGCAUGCCCUAGUUGCUGCCGGCAUGGGCCGGGGUGGCGAGGCGGGGAAACCAGCCGCUGCAGGAUCGGAGCAAGGUGGACAUCGACUCCAGCAACCACAAAGGUCGGUGCAGUCACAUCAGCAGCAACCAUCGCACUUCUGCCAGCUCCACGGCCCCAACAGCACCCACGAGACCUCCGAAUGUCACAAGUUACGCAACGAAUUCCUCGCCCACUACAACGAGUUCUGCGCGUACAUGAGCGGGAGGCGGGAGGCCCAGGCAUCGGUCUUUCCUCGAGGCGGAGCCCAAGACUCGGGGCGGAUGGUUGGUGGCCCAUCUCGACAGCAGCCGUACCAAAACGAGCAAGGUGCGGGCUGGAGUCGGGGCCACUCUCCAGCGCUGCCGGGACCGCCGCGUGGGCAAGGAUCCGGAACUGGAGGACAGCUGCAGGGGCACAACUCUGGGGGGCGUGGGUAUGGUGGAUACGGUCCUUCCCCCCCGGAGAGCCAAGGUCGUCAGGUGGGCGGCCGUGGUGGCUACGGGUACGGGCUCGCGGCUCACGGAGUGGACCAUGGCGGAGGUCCCUACGGCAGCGCCGCCGGCGGGGGAUACGGUUUCCACCAAUUGCCCGACGGCGGAGGGCUCUACCAGCAGCAAGAACAAGAAGUGAGCAACGUACCACACUAUCCUUCUGCUGCUGGACCGGACGCGCAACAACCACAAGCCUACGAGGCCUUCGACACCUCGCCGCGGCAUCAACAGCACCAGCACUACGGUGCACCCCAGGCGACCUCUUCCUCCUCCUCCCUCUCUCCAGCUCCAGGCGACGCUCUACCUCCAGCUGGCGAUUCCCCCCUGCAUCUCUUCGUGGCACGUGUCGUGUGCCCUCGAGGCAAGUCUAACAUUGAUAUUGAGAAGGAUGUUGGUUUUUCGAAGUCUGACGUGUUCACGAGUGCGGAGUCUCAUGUGUCAAUGCCUGGUGUUCCCCGCGUGCCUGCUGUGCAUGAACGUUCUGAUGAUGAGUUCGGUGUCUUGAAGUUUGGUGUGUCUACUCAUGAUGUACCCCGCGUGCCCGCUGCACUUGAGAGUCCUGAUGAAGUGGUCGGCGUUCCGGAGUGUGAUGCAUCUGUCCCUGCUNGAGCCAGUGCGAUGAUUACUAACAAAGUGGAUGCAUUGUACAAUCUACGCCACUUGGGCGCGGAUGAACGAUUUAUUCAGAUUGGAGACUCGGCUCUCAUCAAGGUUGCCGCUGUAGGGAGUUUGGACCUUAGGUUCCACCAAAUCGGAGCCGACGGGAAACAGGAGGAUUUGGACGUCACUGUGCCAGAAGUUUUGUUUGUACUCGGGUGUGGUUUCAACCUUUUCUUGGUAUGGAAGGUGUCUCACAAGCAUGAGCGGAUAUACUCGGCGAAGAUGAUUGAUGUGUGGGAGAGUGAAGAGUGUGAACGCGCCAUGGCUGUGUUGGGUCCGGGGAAGACACCUUUCAAUGUCGGCAAUGCACAAAAGGUUAUGGAUAUUAACACGUUCCACAACCGUGCCGGCCACUUGUCCAAACCCAUUUGGAGACUGUCCGCGAAGAAGCACGGGAUUACCCUCACGGGCACGAUGGACAGCUGUCGAUGGUGCUUGACGGCGCGAGGGACGAGGGCGUCGGUGCCGAAGCAGGGGGGCGGGUACCGCGGCAAGAGGGCGCCGAACGACGUGUUCCACAUCGACCUCUGCGGCGCGUACACGGCGACGAUCGGUGGCAACCACUAUAUGCUCUUCGGUGUGGACGCCGCCACGGGAUGGAUGCAGUACCACGGCGUCGUCGAGAGCGCCAUCCAGAGGUGCCUCAAGGUGGCCAAGGCAUCCCGCCGGGCCGCCCAGGAGCUGCUUGGCCCCGCAGGAUUUUCUCGUGUCAGCGGGCUGAGUGUUCGUGGCGAUGAGCUCUGGGCGGAGUCCGCAAAAGACGCCGCGCAGAAACUGAACCAGUCAGCAUCUCCUUCCAACCCCGGGGGUGCGUCGCCGCAGGAACUUUACACCGGCAAGGGAGGCCCUUUUCGCUUGGUCCCGUUCUUCCAGUGCGGUUUCAUGUGGGAGCGGCCGGCAACGAAAAUGGACGACAGGGCCGUGCCGUGUUUUUUUCUCAACGCCGGGGACAACCACGCCGACGUCACCGUUAAGGUGCUCAAGGAGAGGACCGGCCACGUGUACUACACCUCCAAUGUAGCGUGGGCGGCGCUCCUGCCGUCGGGGGGCGGGGGGGCAUCUACCCUUCGAGAUCGUCGCUUCGCCGCCACCUGCUGCUACCGCCGCCGGACCGUCGCUGCCGCCGCCGCCUUCGAGGCCCGCGUUGCGGCCCGCGCCUUCGCCUGGUGCUGCCGCUCCGCUGCUCCCGAGGCCGCCCGCGCCAUCGACAUCCGUCGCUCCACCGCCGCCCGCUGCCGCUGCCGCCGCCGGACCGUCGCCGUCGCCGCCGCCUCCGGGGCCCGCGUUGUGGCCCGCGCCUUCGCCUGGUGCUGCCGCUCCGCCGCUCCCGAGGCCGCCCGCGCCAUCGAUAUCCGCCGUUCCACCGCUGCCCGCUGCUGCUACCGCCGCCGGACCGUCGCCGUCGCCGCCGCCUCCGGGGCCCGCGUUGUGGCCCGCGCCUUCGCCUGGUGCUGCCGCUCCGCCGCUCCCGAGGCCGCCCGCGCCAUCGACAUCCGUCGCUCCACCGCCGCCCGCUGCCGCUGCCGCCGCCCGACCGUCGCCGUCGCCGCCGCCUCCGGGGCCCGCGUUGUGGCCCGCGCCUUCGCCUGGUGCUGCCGCUCCGCCGCUCCCGAGGCCGCCCGCGCCAUCGACAUCCGUCGCUCCACCGCCGCCCGCUGCUGCUGCCGCCGCCGGACCGUCGCCGUCGCCACCGCUCCCGGACUGGUCUCGGCGACCGCACCGGGGUACGCACCUCUCACGCCCCAUGCUUCGAGACUGCUCGGCGAGGGGGGAGAUCCGCGGAUCCGAGGACGCACGAGAGCGGAAGCGCGCACCAUCGCCCAGCAACAGCUUUCUGCCCUAUCGGUGGACCGGCAGUUGCCAUCACUGCAGGACGAUGCCGUCACCACGCCUCUUCCUCCGACCGAGAUCACCAUGAGGCUGAUGGCUCAAGCAAACGAAGACGUCCUCCUCUCCAUGCUGGAUGCUCGGCGAGUCAUGAACGGCAAGACAAUGCUCCGGCCAGGAUUGGAGGGGGGCGGCGAGAAGGGGGGUGGAGGCGAGCAGCUCGCGAGGAGUGAGGGCGUGGUAGAGAGCACGGGAAAGCUGCCGGAGGUGGACACCGGCGAGGAGGGACGCAUGGGGAAUGGUUGGUCGAUCGGUCCGUCUGAGCGGGGCGUUCCGCUCGGACUUGUGGCGCGUCUUGCGACGCGCGACGACCUCGACUCAGCUGUGCGCGAGAUGGAGCCGCCUCUUUUGCGACCCGACAUGCCGCGCUGCCAUGCCAAGGACCUCCGAGUACCCCAGACUUUCAAAGAGGCAAAGCAGAGCGAGCACAGCGAGCAGUUCAUGGAUGCGGCCAAGCGUGAGCGAAUGAACAAUUGCAUCAAGUCGAAGUUGAUUUUUGAUUGGAAGGUAGAUGCGUUCGGCUUUCCUACGAAGGCCAAGGCUAGACUUGUUGCGAGAGGAGACAUGCAGAAGGAGUACAUUGACUUUGGCGAUUUGUAUGCACCUACUGUAGCUUCGUCGAGUGUUCGUAUGUUGGCAGCUCUGGCGUGUGAGCUUGACUUGGAGUUGUGUCAAUUCGAUGUCGACCAGGCUUUUGUGAGGGCCCCUCUCAAGGAAGAUAUUUUCAUGCGACUACCGGAAGGAUGUGGUGCGUUGUCGGGGAAGAUAGUGCAGUUGAACAAGAGCCUUUAUGGCUUGAGGCAGGCACCUAGAGAGUGGUACGCGUUACUGAAGAAGUGCCUUUUGGAUUUGGGGUUCGAGCAGUGCAUGGCUGAUUCGUGUGACUUCGACUUGGACGAGCCGAGCGUAGAGUACCCUUUUCGCGCGCUGGUCGGUUCGCUGUUGUGGACUGCCCUGUUGACUAGGCCGGGUAUCGCGAAUUCGGUGAGAGCAGUGGCGAGGUACUGUAGUGCACCGAAGUUGAUCCACUGGAAGGCUGCACUUAGCAUUUUAGGAUAUGCAGUUAGGAAUAGUUCUUUGGGGAUUUCUUUUCAGAGGGGGACGGUUUCGGGAUUUUCUUUGAUUGCGUUUGUCGACGCGGACUACGCUUCCCGUGCGGCAGACCGUAGGUCAGUUUCGGGAGGAGUAGUGAUGUGUGCAGGAGGGGCGAUUGCAUGGUUCUCCAAGACUCAAAAGUGUGUGACUUUGUCUACCACGCAGGCAGAAUACGUGGCGAUGGCGGACAUGGGGAAGGAGAUUUUGUUUUUGAGGCAGUUAGGGAUGAAGGGAAUGUCUUGCACUAAAUUUCAUUUCGGUCAGUUUGGGAUGAAGGGAAUGUCGGGCACUAAAUUUCAUUUCGGCCAGGAUUGGGGGUGGGGAGGCGCUGUGUCUUGGGUUUCCAGAACGCAGAAGUGUGUCACGCUUUCGACCACCGAAGCAGAGUACGUCGCGCUAGGUGACGUUGUGAAGGAGAUUUUGUUUUUGAGGCAGAUUUGGCGUUUCAUGUUGCCGCAGGUCGGCAUGCCUUGCAUCCCCAUCUUCGAGGACAACCAGGGGGCGAUUCAACUAGCGCAGAACCCCAUCUCAACAAACUCGAACUCGAAGCACAUAGAUGUAAGGCACCAUUUUCUCAGGGAGCUGGUAGAGAGGAAGGAAAUUUCGGUCAUCCACGUGCCGUCGCCGUACCAGCUUCCAGACGUUCUGACGAAGAAUUUGUCGAAGGAUGGAUGCUUUCGAGUCUCACCGUGA